UCCUGGAGGCUCCCCCGCCCACACCCCUGCUCUGGUCGAGGCUGUGGAGGGUCGUUUCUGGAUGCUUGCAUGGAUAUUAAUGACUGAUCUACAGAGGGACAGCGGACUGGGCGGUGGUCCAGAAUCCACUACAGUUCGGAGUCGCAAUGGGCUAAGACAGCCAACCCUGCGGGCUGCGUCAUCAAACGGGGUGUGCAAUCUGUCGCCAUGAGGCUCCUUAACACCCUCGUCUUUUCUCUCUCUGACUCUCUUGCUACCCCCCGCAUACCCUGCCCUUAUUUUCCUGGCCUCGCCACCCCACGUUCAGUACCAUGCAGUCCGUCCAACGCCAGUUCGGCCGGUUUAUGAAGCGAUCGGCCGACGAGAGCCAAGUGGCCCUUUUGCUGAGCGACUUUGACCAGAUUGAUAAAUUGCUGGAUAAGAUUGUUGACUCAACGAGAGCCUGGCGCGAUGCCUGGUCCUCACUUCUGACCCAUCAAGACCGAUUGUUCACCGAGUUUGAAGGACUGUAUGCUCCCAUAAUUGGCAGUUCAGAGGCCACCUCGCACACACCUGUGCCGACUCCAGAGGCCACGCUGGCGAGGUCGUCGAAGAUCCGAGUGGAAUAUGAGGAUUUGAAGAAAGACCUUUUCGAGCAACUAAAUGGAAUCGACGAGCGCAUGAUUGACCCCGCGUCGCAAGCUAAAGAGCUUCUGACUCCAUUAAAGAAGACUAUCAAAAAGAGACAGGAUAAAAAGUUGGAUUAUGAGCGACACACUGGCCGCGUCGACAGUUACUCGAAAAAAACAAAGCGCACUGACCGUGAAAAUGCCUCGUUGGCCAAGGCAGAGGAUGAUCUGACUAGAUCGACGGAGGAAUAUCAUGCAGCAGAUGAGCACCUCCGAAAGUGCCUGCCACCAUUGAUUGCCGCCGUGUUUUCCCUACUACCACGUUUGCUGGCCGCGCAGAUCGAGAUCCAGAAUAACCUUCUCGCAAACUACUAUACUGUGAUAUACGGCUACUGUGAUGAGGAGCAAUUCCCCGCAAACCCGCCACAGGAACUAAACGAGACUGUCACGGAAUGGGAACAAGCCUGCAAUCCUGUGAAAGAACAGAUUGAGAGCUUUGGAUGUAUCGUCAACGGUAAAACCGCACGGUCAAACUCGCAGCCAUCGAACGAACGUCGACCUAGCAAUACCCUCACUUCGCUCAAUAAUCGAUUCCGCAGUAACCAAAAUGUCCCAACCCAACAGUCUCAAUCCGAUGCGGGACUGGGCGCGAUGAAUGACAGCAAGCCCUCACUAGGUAUACGAUCGAAGUCGACACCAUACGCGUCAUCUGUCCACAGCGCGCAAUCUUUGUAUAAAGAUACAGCCUCAGGUUUAUCAUCUUCCUCGGUUUCUGAAACCCCUACCCCCUCACAGCAAGGAUCGCAAUCUGAUAGCCUCACUCCCUCUAUACCACUCUCAACCAAACCAUCAUUAUCUGCAAUAGCCGGUCAAAAGAAGCCCCCACCUCCACCCCCGAAACCACGCAGUGUAUCCUCAAACGCGAUAUUCGUGACAGCGCUCUAUGAUUUUGGCGGACAGAGCGCAGGUGACCUAGCGUUCCAGGAAGGAGAUCGGAUUCGGGUCGUGAAGAGGACGGAUAGUACGGACGAUUGGUGGGAUGGCGAGCUUCAUGGUGUUAGGGGGAGUUUCCCGGCGAAUUAUGUGGAGUGAGCGGAGUGAUUGAUAUGGUUUCUUCCAGUGUAGGGAAGGAGUUUCCACUAUUCUUAUCAAGAUAACCCUAUAGUCAAGCAAUGACAUGGAAACACGAAAGCUCUAGUCCAGUAUUUGCCGGGCUGACGACCUGUUCUAGUUGUGGUGCAAAUAACGGCCUUUGC